UUGGCAACGUAUCAUCACAAAUCAUACACACAGACAAAAAGGAGCCAAAGCAGCAAUGGCAGACACCGAGGCCGGCAGCGCGCCCGUCGCCGUCUUCAAAAAGCGAGGCGCAAAGGGCAAAGCCAACCUGCGCAAACGACCAGCGACGCCUCCCCCCGCCGCGAGCGACAGCGACAGCGACAGCGACUUUUCCUCGUCGGAAGACGAAGCCGGGCACAGAGUCAAGAGGCGCAAGAGGACGGCCGUCGUCACCGCCGCCGCGAGGGGCGCCGCGCCCAGCAACCGGGACGACGGCGGCGGCGCAACAGCCGCCUUCACGGCCAACAGAAGCGUCCCGAUUGCUGACAGCAACGACGCGACCAAGCACAGCAACUGGUACGACGAGGACGCAAAGGACGCGCUCUCGGCAAAGAACCUCCUCGGAUCUUCGAGAGCGUCCAAGGACGCGCAGCCAGACGGCACGUACAAGGGCCUGGCGAACCAGACGUCCUUUAUACAAAAGAAUCCGGAUGCGCCCCGGAAGACAGUUGGGCCCGUCAAGGCGCCUACCAACAUCCGCACCGUCACCAUUACAGAUUAUGCCCCGGACACGUGUAAAGAGAGCCUUUACUGUGGUUUUGGCGACAAUUGCAAGUAUCUUCACGCGAGAGAAGACCUCAAGGCAGGCUGGCAGCUGGAUCAAGAGUGGGAAAAGGUCACCAAGGGCAAGAAGAACCUGGGGGGAACGGUAGUGGCCAGCGCGAACCGGAACAAGGCCAAGGUGGACGAGGGCGACGACGACGACGACGAAGAGGCGAUGCUCGAGAACAUUCCGUUUGCCUGCAUCAUCUGCAGGGAAUCGUACAAGGAGCCGAUUGUGACGAGGUGCGGGCACUACUUUUGCCUGCCGUGCGCUCUGCAGCGGUACAAGAAGGAUCCGACGUGUGCGGCGUGUGGCUCGGGCACGAAUGGCGUGUUUAAUUCGGCGACGAGGUUGAAGAAGCUGCUGGAGAAGAAGAGGGAGAGGGCGGCCAGGAGGAGACAGGAGGCGAUAGAGAGGGGCGAGGAAGUCAGUGAUGAAGAGGAGGAGGAGGAGGAGGACUGA